UUUCAUUUUUGCGUCCUUCCUGUAUAUAAAGCCUGGGCUCGACUAUAUCCCGUACAUCGGGAAGCGCUGUCAGAAAGCGCUGACUCGAGAAAAUGAUUUAUAUUCGGUGUAACGCGAGAGACUGUCUGUUUUACUUCCUUUUAUACGCUGUGUUUUCAUGAAACUGCUGAGCUGGCGAGCACUGAUCCAAAAUGGCGUUUAUGUUUUAAAAUGAUGUUAAUUUGUUCCAUUUGUAUAACGGUCUUCACUCCAUAAAGCGGAUUUACAUUACGUCACUCGCAAAGCAUAAAAAACAUACAAAGUGCUGCCUAAAAUGAAAUGUUAGUACAAUACAGAAUUGAGAAUAAAUGGAGGAGGAAGAGAGAGAUGUGGAGGUUGUCCUUCAGUCUAAAGAGAGAGAGGAUGCACUGCCUGAACCCUUACAGGAUGGACAGCAACCUGACCAAAACUUAAAAGCUGAAGAAAAUGCUGAUGUACAAAAGCUUCCACCAGUCAUUCCAGCCUCAGAAACUGCAGAAACUGUAGCAGUCAAUCAGAAAUCUUCCACAGUCCCGGAGCAAAUAAACAACUUACUUAUACUUGACCAGAAUGGACGUCCUAUUCCGUAUGAGCGGGUGGUGAUCGUGACAAGUGAGAAUGGACAAUUAUAUGGUGUCCCAUCUGUGUCUAUGGGGGCUGCUCAGAUGUUACUACCUCAUGGUCAGCUGUUAAAUGUAGCAAAGUCAUCAGGUGUCUUUGUAGAGAAAAGACAGCAGCCAGUCAUCACAUCCUUAAACGACAGUGAUGGCACUCAUAGUUUAGCUGCAGUGGCAGCUCAAAAUGUCACUGGUAUUAAAAUUCAGAAGAAAAGUCCGUCUGAUGUAUUUGAGCCUCCAGUGAAGCCACUUCCACCUGGGGCACCAAACUGGGCUCUGAGACUACGCCGGUGUGAGAAGAUCGGCGACUCAUAUCGGGGUUACUGUAACACUGAGGCAGAGCUGGAGGCUGUUCUGCUUCUACACAAGCAGCAGACUCACACCGUGUUCGGCACCCGUCAGUCACCCUCACCGGCCAAACCUGCCACCAGACUCAUGUGGAAAUCACAGUAUGUGCCCUACGAUGGCAUUCCCUUUGUUAAUGCAGGAAGCAGAGCCAUUGUGAUGGAAUGCCAGUUUGGUCCACGGAGGAAGGGCGUCCAGCCUAAAAAAGGAUCUGAGCAAGAAACAAAUCAAAACAUCCUCUACAAAGCAACCUGCCCUGCCAGAAUCUAUAUAAAAAAAGUACGAAAAUUCCUGGAGUACAAGGUUCCAACAGAUCCCAAAGUGGACAAGAAGGUAGUGCGGCAAGAGCAGGAGAAAGCCUUCUUCAACCUCAAGAAGACUUUAUGGGAUGUUGGCGGCGUUGUAAGGUAUUACAUCCAGCUCCCCACGGAGAAAGCCCACCUGUACCACGACGUGGACACUGCAAACCUGCCUCCACUUCCAGAGCAGAUCUGCUUUGCAGAGGAACAACAAAACGAAGAGGAAGAGACCGAAGAGCUGGGCAGUGAAGCCAUGCAGGAUGUCCUGAUGGAAGAUGGGACACCCCUACCCUCUCGACUGCACCCGCUAGUAGCAGAGAAAAUCUGUGAGUUGGUGGCACAAGGUCAUAAUGAGGUUUACACUGUCCGCAAGCAGCUCAGGUAUGACUCAGAUGGUUUCAAAUCUCCUUGGUUUCAUUUGCUGAAAAACUAUUUACCGUUGCUUUGUCAAUGCCUCGACAGGAGGUUUGUGGAACGUGAGAUGUUCAAAUCAGAGGAAGUGCCUGAGAGACACAAUCUGUGUUACUUUCCCACUGUCAAUGACAUCAAAAACCACAUCCACGAGGCACAGAAAGCUCUUCAGCUGACAGCAGGACCACUGACUACCUCAGACACAGAGUGGAAAGCAGAGGCUAAUAACCUGCUUCCGGAGACUUUGACCUUGACCCUGACUCCUGCUAGUGUUGACGUAUCCUCUCAGAAGGAAGAACUCCUGGAAGGAAGUGACACUCUUUCUCCAGAAGCUGUGCAGCUUUUCAGUUCUCUCACCUCACUGCAGCCCAAGAUCUUUGCACAUCUCCAGGCAAUCCAGCUACAGCCUGCUUUGUGUCAACUGGAAGACACUGCACAACCUACAGCUGCACCACUAGAAGUCCAAGAGCUGUCUAGCCCUGCGCCCCCACAGCCUGUCCUGCUGAGUCCGUCCCACUUCCUCCAGUCGAGUCCCAGUGGUGGUGAAAGCAUAGCUGUGUGUGACGCCCCAGCCCUGCUUGGCAUGAGUCAGCUGGUGAGCGUGGCCUCAGCCGCUGAAAGUGGCAUCACACAAAUCCUGUUGGAAGACGGACAGGCCAUUCCUGUCCAGAUUGUGGACGCUGCAAGCAUAACAGAUGAAACUCCAGUCAAAUAGGAUGGUGGGAUCUGUGGAUGUGUCAGCAGAAUCAGACAGAGGCUGGAAGUACAACCAUGGGAAAGGAAAACAAACCUUCAUGUCUGUAACCAAACAGUAGUUCGCUCUGAGCUCUUUAAUCACUGGAGGAUUGAUUCAUUGUAUCAUAUACAGUAUUAUGUGAACAAGGACUUGUAUGCAAUAUUGAUAUGUAUUAUUUUUCAGUUUUCCAUUAUAGCUAUUUUAAUUUAUUAUGGUGACAACUAGAUUUUGAACUGAAAGAAUGAGUUCAGAAUUAAAUA